GCUCAGCCAAUGAGCUUCCACUUUGCGGUCGAGCGCUGGUAGACUAGCGCGGCGCCUGGCUGGCAGUGCUUGGGCUCGAGCCAUGAUCUUUAAGAACGUCUUUACAUCCAAGAGUGCAGUGCUUUGUCUGCCAUGCCCGUGAUGUCACAGCUGUUCAGGGGCUUGCCUCGGGUGAAAGUCUUGUCCUCCCAUCUGUUACCAUGCCAGCCCCAAUUGGUGUCAUCCGCCUCGUGGCGCCCUAACCACAUGAGUCACACUCCCUCAAGAUGUUACCAGACCACCUCCACGCUUCACAGCUACAUCCUCACUCCACCUCAAGUAAACUCCAUACUCAAAGCCAACGAGUACAGCUUCAAGGUUCCCGAGUUUGAUGGCAAGAACCUGUCAUCCGUGAUGGGCUUUGAGAGCAAUCAGCUGCCAGCAAACGCUCCAAUAGAAGACCGCCGCAGUGCUGCAACAUGUCUGCAGACGAGAGGAAUGCUGCUGGGUGUGUUUGAUGGCCACGCUGGAUGUGCUUGUGCGCAGGCGCUCAGCGAAAGGCUCUUUUACUACAUCGCCGUGUCCCUGUUGCCGCACGACACGCUUUGCGAACUGGAGGCCGCGGUGGAGACGGGCCGGGCACUCAGUCCCAUCCUGCAGUGGCAAAAACACCCCAACGACUACUUCAGCAGGGAGGCUCAGACGCUCUACUUCAACAGCCUUCGCACCUACUGGCAGGAGCUCAUCGAUCUCACCAACCCAGGUGACGUCCCCGACACUAGGGAAGCUCUCAUGAACGCCUUCAAGAGACUGGACAAUGACAUUUCUUUGGAGGCUCAGGUUGGAGACCCAAAUGCUUUCCUGCACUACUGGGUUCUGAGAGUGGCCUUCUCUGGAGCGACGGCAUGCGUGGCUCACAUCGAUGGAGCUGACCUGUAUAUAGCCAAUGCAGGAGAUGCUCGGGCAGUGCUCGGGGUGCAGGAGGAGGACGGUUCCUUUACCGCUCACACACUCUCUAAUGACCACUGUGCCCAGAACGAGGAUGAAGUGGCUCGGAUUCGUGAAGAACACCCGCCUUCAGAAAGGAAGACUGUUAUACGACAGGACCGUUUGUUGGGCCUGCUCAUGCCCUUCAGAGCGUUCGGAGACGUAAAGUUCAAGUGGGGCAUCGAGCUGCAGAAGCGAGUGUUGGAAUCUGGGCCCGAUCAGCUGCACGAAAACGAGCACACCAAGUUCAUCCCGCCCAACUACCACACGCCUCCUUACCUGACGGCCGAGCCCGAGAUCACCUACCACCGGCUCAGACCGCAGGAUCGCUUCUUGGUGAUCGGUUCAGAUGGCCUCUGGGAGACUCUGCACAGACAAGAAGUGGUCCGCAUCGUCGGCGAGUAUUUGACCGGCGUGCACCAGCAGCAGCCGCUCACGGUGGGGGGCUACAAGGUCACCCUGGGACAGAUGCAGGGGCUGCUGGAGGAACGCAAGGCUCGCGUGUCGUCGGACUUCGAGGACCAAAACGCAGCCACCCACCUGAUGCGGCACGCCGUGGGCAACAACGAGUUCGGCACGGUGGAUCACGAGAGGCUCUCCAAGAUGCUGUCGCUGCCCGAGGAGCUGGCCCGCAUGUACCGUGACGACAUCACCAUCAUCAUCUCCCAGUUUAACCCUCAUGUGAUCGGAGCGCGGCGGCACGAAGACUAAGCCUACACUUACACGCUUGUUCAUAUAUUUUAAUACCUGACUUUAUUAUUUAUGGGAAUUAAAAAUGAUCCACUUUUGUUGUUUCGGAGCCGACUGUAUUAUAUUGUGUAUCAUUUUGCGAUACUGACUAUCCACACACACACACAUUAUAUUCUGUGUGCAUUGACACCGUGGCAAUUUUAUUUUGUGCCAGAAGAUCCCGAGUUUAAAGUGUCUUUUCCAGGUUGGAAAAGAAAUUCCUAAGAGCAUAAUUGACAGGAUGAAAAAAAAGAUGUAAAAUUGUAGGGAUGCACUCACAUCAACAUUUCUUGUUCACACCGAUAAUGAGGAAUCUGUGGCUGGAAAAAAAGGAUUCACGGAAAGAAAUUAGAAUACUUUAAAAUCCGACAAAGAGAUUUCUGUAAUGUGUUUUUGUGUAAAAUUUCAAGAUUCGGUGGAUUAGAAAAAAAUCACCUAAAAGUUUAUAAAGAGGUUUGUCAACUAGAGAUUUGGGCAACAUUGACCGAGUGACCAUUUUCGGCUGAAUUUUCGGUGCCCAAAAGAGUAAACUCGUGUUGCACAAGAAUUUGGAUUGGAUACAACUUUAUUGUCAUAUGUGCUGUAUGUGUAAGAAUGUUAUCAUUCAGAAGAAAUCUCUUUGGCCUUGUUUUGGUGGCAAAUCCAACAUAUCUGACAACGCUCCACUUCAUUUUCUUAUUUUGUGUCGCACCAUAGCAACAUGCUGCACAGUUACUAAGGCUUUAAUUUAUACUCUCUUUGGAACCGAACUCCAGUUCUACAUUUUGCUUCAUAUUUAAAUGGCAGUCAACUGCUUGAAUAUUUAUUCCAUGUUACAUUACGAGUGAUUGUCUUGUCUUUGGUGUAUGUAUAAAUGAUCUAGUCGGGUCCCAUUUUGUAUAUGGCUUAUUAAAUACCGGUAGUUUAAAAAAAAAA